UACAGGUCCACAAGCCAAUAUUGUGCGAUCAUGAGAUGCUCUUACUCAAAUCUUGCUCGUAUUCAGUCUCUGCCGGAUGUCGCUAUUCGCGUGUAUCGCUAAUACCCUAUCUUGAACUGUCCGCGGGAUCUAGUGCUCGACUGAAGAUAUUUAAGGCGGAUCCCUUCGCUAUACCAGGAUAUUUCAAAGUUUUAUCAACAACAUCAAUCAAAAAACCUAUUGAGACCAGAUACACACUAUCACAUCAUCUUCAUCAACACAAUCAACACAAUGCUUCUCUCAGCUCUGCUCCUCCUACCACUCCUAGGGCAUGCGAAGCCCGUCGAAAAGCGCGCUUGCGCCGUCGAAUACCCAACGUACACGACGACGAUUUCGUCCUUGACACCAGACUUUAACUCGAACCCCAUCGGCAACAACCCCGCCUCCUUCGCCGUCAAAAACCAAACCUUCAACGCCAUCGACACCAUCUUCCAGUUCAACAUCCCGCCCGGCAGCUGGGGUUGCCAACUCGAGCUCUUCUUCGACAAGGACUACUACCUCGUGCUGCCGUACUUCAACGGGCCGAUGAAGGCGGACGUGUUCAAUGUCGAGGGCAGCGCGCCGUAUACUGUCACGUGGAACAGUGCGCCAAGGACUGGAAGUCUGUUUGGGACGACGGGCGAGCUGCCGAGGGUGCCAGAUCCUAGCGCGAGCAUUGGGUAUAAGGAGCCCGUCAAGCGCGUCAUCAACUCGGCUGCCUGCAGAAAUACGAUGACGUACAGGAUGAAGGUGCCUGCGGAAGUGGGCGUGGGUGGAGUCCAGUUUUAUCAGUACAAUCCGCCGCUGUAUAACCCGCCGUUUGGAGGAUGGAGGAUGGUGCAUAACUGCUAGACGUGAGGGAUGAUGGAGGAGUAGAUGGACUGGGGAAAUAGGAAAGAGGGAUGUGAUGCUGAAUUGCUUUCGAAGUUACUCAUUCUCUAUCAUUGGCGUUAAGAUCGAAACAUGGAGGAAAGACACGAGAAGACAGAUCCUAACGGGAUUUGACGCGGAGUAAAUAUACACAUAGUAAAUGCC